AUGUCGCACACUCCCCGCAAGUUGUUAGCAGACAGUGAACCCCCUUCCAGGAUUGGGCUUUGGGCUUCUACCUCAGCUAAUGUGAGCAGGCUGCCUUCACCAGCACAGGUAUCCUGGACUGAUAAUCUCUACACACGAUCACCUCAAGAUUUUGGUAGGGUCUUCCAGUCAGAAUUGUUCAGAAAUGCCCCCAAUGAUGAUGACCUGCAGAGGUCACAAGUCGAAAUGCCACCCCAACUUCCUAAUUGGAUAUGGUCAAUUUUGGUGACAACUCUUCACAUAGGUCCCGAAACAAGCCAAAAAAAGAAAUCAAUUGCAACACUUCUUCAUGUUCUCACACUUGCAUCAGCCUUCAUGUUUGGAGCCAGCGGCCUCUUCUUCAACGUUUACGACACUCUGAGCGAGUUCACCAAGACCACAGUGCUCAUUUGCAUUGCUAAAACAAUCCUGGGCUUGUACUGGAUUGGGCUCGGCAUUUAUGCCAACACACUGGCCACCCGCUUGUUCAGUAACAAAAGGAUGGUCGACUGCAUCAGACUUCAUUCUAAAACAAUCUUUAAGGUGAACACUGCUAUCAUUGUGAUGCUGCUGUCAGUUACUGUCAUGGUGAUCAACCUAUACUCCAGCCAUCAUCUGUUAGAGACCCACAUGCCUUCAAAUGGCACUCUGGUCUCUGAUGCUAACUGUGUCAGUGUGGGGGUUAAUGUGUUCCUGUGCAAAGUCUACUUCGGUUCAAAGAUUGUCUACUCCUGCUUCUGCCUGUUGUGGAACUUGCUUGUUGUGGGCAUAUUUCUGUCUGUCUGCCGCACACACACAAUCAGUAUCAGGAAGUUCAUGAAAGAGCUUCUGUAUGAUUCUAAAAUCUAUUUGGAGUUCUACAAAAUUGAGGCUUUGGAGAAACAGAUUGAGUACUUGCAGUCAUUAUCUGAGGAGCAGCAAAAGACUCAGCAGCCCGCUGGAGAUUUUACAUCAUCCUCAGACACCAAUAUCUGGGAUGAUGAUAUUGUUGAGGCCAAUCAUGAGACAGACACUGCCGGUGAUCUUCCGCCAAAUGCUCAACUGCUGCACUCUCUGAGGUUCUUAUGGUUCAGCACACGGGAUCAGCUGGAGAAUGAUAUUGCUUCUAGUCUUAACCUGCAAGACAUUACUCAGAAAGCACGUAGCAGGGAUGAGGCCCCUUUCAGUUCCUGGGCAGAGGAGGAUGAGUACGCAGAUACUGAAAAUAGCAAGGAGACCACACCAGUCGUCAACAUAUUUGAUGGAACUAUCCAGAUGCAACCAGUUACUGUUGAACAUGACACAUUAAACAGCAGUGACAAGCCAAAUGUGCAGUCAGCUUCUCCAAAGAAGUCAUCUCCUGAUACAAAUGAGGACAAGAAAAAGAAGCUCCCCAAGUCACCUAGAGAGGACCGAAAGAAAUCAGUUCUCAGUGAAAUGAACCCUCCGAUAAUGACAAAUGAAGAUCUUCUGUUUGCGUACUUCCAGCUACUCCGUCGCUUCUCUGCCACAUCUCGUCUGGUGCAGCGCUGGAUCGCUAACUGGGUCACAUUUGUCAUGUUGUGGUGUGCUUUGUUGAUUGUCUACUGGACCAGUCACACGGCCCAACUCUCCGGCAUUAGUCAGUUCCUGAUCCCGCUGGUGACUCUCGGCAUCUUGACCUCUGGGUAUGCGGAGGUGAACUUUGAGGGAGAAAGACUGACCAAG